UUCUAAUUUCCGAGGUACUCCAAACGCAUCAUUAACCUCGGCGAUUUGACCGUCAUUUCUGCCUCUCCAACUGUUUCUUUUCAGGUGGUGGAAAGCUCAGCUGUUCCAAAUAUAUAACUGACCAUCUAUGGAUGAGAUCACUUUUCAUCAUGACACAGUGCUGUCAGAUGUUCACAUGCACCGGCCCUGUUUSCGUCAUUUUAUGACUCGCCUCAACAACGUAGGACAACCUGUCUUUAUGUCCAGAUUUAAGAUCUUGGCAGAAAGACACAAUGAUGACCCUGGAAAAGAUUUAGAAAAACCAGAGAAGCACAACGAUCCAGUAGAAGACACAAAAGCCUCUCAUGAAAAGGAUGAGAAUGAAUGUGGUAAAGGAAAUGUGGAGCCAUGUUUGGACGAGGAUGGAGACCUCAAUGUCACACAUCGACCUCGAAAAACCUCCGAGGAUGGUGGCCGAGACGUGGUCUGUCCUGUCGUCCUCACACAGUUUGUUCCUGCUACGGGCCUGGAGGAGGAGAACGUGGACGAUGAAGAGGGUCGUUAUUUCAAAGACAUUUUAAGGAUUGAACACACCAUGGCUACACCCUUGGAAGAUGUUGGCAAACAGGUUUGGCGGGGAGCACUGCUUCUGGCUGAUUUCAUCCUCUCUAAACAAGAGAUGUUCAGAGGGUCCACAGUUCUAGACUUGGGAGCAGGAACAGGCUUAACCAGCAUUGUCAUGGCAACCACAGCCAAAACGGUUUACUGCACAGAUGUGGGAGAAGACCUUCUUAACUUGUGCAGGACAAAYGUGUCAUUAAAUAAACACUUGAUGGAAUCAGCAGGUGGGGAAGUGAAAGUAAAGCAGCUUGACUGGCUCCAACACAGCCUUUGCAAAGAUGCUGAUGUGGAGUUUAGUUGGACAGAGGAGGAAAUGGCGGAUCUUUAUGAUAACACCAGUUUCAUCAUUGCUGCUGAUGGUAGGUUGUCAAACCAAUGAAUAAACUUCUGUCAGCUUGGAUUAUUGACUGGAACUACACAUGGACCUGAACUGUUCUAGCUUUCUACUCUAAAG